AUGGUGAGCUAUACCGAAAGUCAAGAAUAUACGAAUGAUAGUCACUGCUAUUGUGCUCACUGUUCUUCUGGAGGGACCGACGAUGUUGAUAUCAAUUUUCACGAAGUUUACACUUGGGAUAUGGAGGUCACUAAUGCACUUGCUUCCAGGAAAAAGAUGCAAGUCAUGCAUUUCCCCCGUAAUGUAUCGAAGUUUGCAUUCUCUUCAAAUCAGACACGAAUUGUUCUUGAACCAGAAGACAGUUGGGAGGAAUACGCAUGCACAAUUGCUACUUCAAAUCGAUGCCCCUACGAGAAGUACUUGACUCGUGGUUGGUAUGAAUACAAGAAGGAUAUGAAGAUUAGAGCUGGCGAUGUUCUUAUGUUUUCAAUGCCAAAGUAUCCGGGUUUUAUCAUCGUUGAUCUUAUUCGUCGCCGUGAUCGUGUUUGA